AUGACCGGAAUGCCACCACAGAGUAAAAGGAGGAAGAUGACGACGUCAUGGUCGUCGUUGCCAGACGCGGUAGCUGUGAGUUGCAUGGCUCCCGUCUCGAGAUUGGACCAUGCGAACUUAUCCCUCGUCUCAAAAAGACACCGCUCUCUCGUACUUUCCCAUGAGCUCUGUAGCGCGCGAGCGCUUAUUGGUUGCAUCGAGGCAUCUUUCUACGUAUGCUUACGCAUCUCUCCUGAUCCAAACCCACGCUGGUUCAUCCUCCUCACCCGUACUCGCCAGCUGAGGCCGAUCCCAUCGAACCCUAAUCAGGCUCCGGAGUCAUCCUCUUUUGUGGUGGUGGAUUGGGGACUUUACAUGAUCAGUGGACUCUGUUAA